UACAUGUCAUAACUUUGAUCGCAUACAAUCUAGACACAAUGUAUUUUGAUUGAUCGCAAGACACAUCAGAUUUUUAAUCGACAUCAAGUGAGCCAUAUUGGAUGCUUCCAACACCGUCAUACACAUCAGUCGCGACCGAAGGUAAUUUAGUAACUCGGUAAUGUUAGUAUGAAGACUGUGGAAUCAAAUCUUUCAAACGCAUGAGAAACGCCUAUAUUGGAAGCUGGAUAUGUCGAACCAACUCGAACCAGACGGCCAGUCCUUAGAACAACCGGACGAAACGGACGCAAACCAAACCGGUCAGACACAACUCCAUGAAACCUUACGAUGGUUGAACGAAAACUACGAGCGAUCCGAGGGCGUUUGCCUACCUCGAUGUGUGUUGUACACACACUACUUGGACCUUUGCAAGAAACGACUCUUUACUCCCGCUGGAGCAGCCACGUUUGGAAAGAUUAUUCGUCAGAUGUUUCCUAAACUGACCACGAGACGACUAGGUACCAGAGGACAAUCCAAAUACCACUAUUACGGCAUAGGCAUCAAGAAGACGUCCAUAUACUACCACUCGGUGUAUUCAGGCAAAGGAUUGAGCAGAUUUUCGGAAACCAAAGUGAAAACAGAGGGGUCUGCACGAAAGUUUUCCCUGAGCUCCAAGUCUGGUACCCUGCUCCCAGACUUUCCAACGGCAGGCAAUCUGGUAAUUCCCGAUGACAUCAGCGCAGAAAAGGUAGAAACAUUCUUGUUGAUGUAUCAAACACACUGCCAGCGUAUUUUGGACACCAUUGUCUCUUCAAAUUUUGAAGAGGUGCAGAACUUUUUGCUACAUUUCUGGCAGGGGAUGCCCAAACACAUGCAGUCGCUCCUUUCCUCUGACGUCAUCAUUGACGUCAUUGCUCUCUGUGACUCAGUUUUAUACAAGGUCUUGGCAGAUGUCUUGAUACCAUCCACGAUCCAAGACAUACCGGAAGGAUUGAGCUUUGACAUCCGUACCUUUGCGAAGAAACUGCCGGUUUGGCUGGACAGUUCUCUGGAUCAAAUGUGCAAGGAACUUCGCGUGCGCAAAAUGAAAGUGCUCUCCUCAUUCGUAAGAAGUCUACGCAGACAGACAUCUUUCGUGCAGUUAGCACAGACCGCAAGAAGUGUCUUGCUGAGCCAAGAAACCGUCAGCCAAAUGACGCGAGAUCUCGCGGAACUGAAUUUCAACGGAAAUAUGACGCAAGCAGAUGUCAGCCAAUCAGCUUUUAAUGCUGCCAAAGCGGUUUUACAGGAGUUUAAAGGUUUGCUGGCCAAGCAGGCUCCACUUGAGGCAUACAUUGAAUGGAUCGACAGCCUCAUCGAUAGAUUUGUUCUGCAGAAGAUGACAGAGACAGAUUACUCCAGUCGAUCUGCCUCCUUCAUCCUCCAAUGGUCGUUCUUCACGUCUAAGAUAAUGAGAGAUCUUACUCUGCAAAGAGCUGCAAGCUUUGGAUCACUCCAUCUGAUCCACAUGAUGCUGACUGAGUAUGCCUUCUUGGUGGUGGAGAGUCAACAGGACCAAUAUCAUCACGCAGAGAUGGUGGACCACGUUCAGAGGAACAUGAAACAAACUGAGGAAAUCUGUACCAAAGCGACAGUGAGGUCAUCGCUUCAGAGGUCAUCACCUGGGUCAGCAGCCGUGAAAACCAAGCGGAGGAAGUGUUCAACGAACCAAACAGAGGACGAACCUCCGAAGGAUCCCCUAACCACCGCAGAGGGGAACCAGCGACUAGAUGCCGAGUUCCAGGACUGCGGCACUGUAUCUUCUCAGCAGGUUACCAGCCUUGAUGAGGGCGCUCUUCAUGCAAACGACGAUUUCUCGGAAACUUGUACUGGAGGUUCACUGUCUGAUCAUCCAAUUUUAUCCUCGAGCCACGCAUUUCGGCCCUUUGGUUCACAGAGGGAGGCACAGCCAGCGGUAACCAGCCACCCGCCAUUUGCUGACGACCCGUUCCAGAAUGGGUGCUUCUCCUCAGCGUAUGCAAAUUCAUACUGUGACCUUUAUCCCGUACAUGCUUCCAGUCAUGCGCACUCGUCCUACAAGCCCCUGCAUCAACAUUAUAGCCACCGACACCUUCCACUGCCGUAUGGGAACUACAAUUUACCAACAGAUGAUUCUGGCUACACGAGAUACGCGUCGGGAUAUGAGCUUAUUGGGGCGCCACCCGUUCAACAUUCCGGGUACGGUACGCCCUCUGCCCAUUCGCAAAGGGACAUACCCGAUACCUACGGCUGUUUCAUGAGAGCAAACGAGGCCCUGGUAGAUGCCCAUAGACACAGUCAUCUCAGAUUCACCCCAGGCUACGAGAAUGGCAUCAGUCACCAAGCUUAUGAUUCAAAUGUUUGGUUUAACCCAACAGUACCCGGAUGCAUGGCAGACACAUCUACGUCGAGGCCACCACCUUACCAAACCACAGAGGAGUUUGUACCCGGCACCCAAGCGGACAGCAGCUUUGUAGGGAGCAGCGGUAGCGGGUCACGGUUCAUGGAGAUCGUUCACGGUACGGCACCAGCGAGGGAUCAGGCAAGCACGUUUGAGCAGACUGCGGGAUACCAGCUAACAAUGAUGGCGCCCUACAACACACGAGGCAGCUCGCACUUAUCAAGACCUAACCCAUACUAAGGGUCAG